AAGCUGAUGUUUUCUACCCCUCUACAAAUACUCACGUAGUAGCAAGCUCGAUAUUAGCUACCUAGGUACCUGGUGACGACUGAUCCGACCCGCAAACCCCAGUCCAAGCGGCCUAAGCGGCCAUGUCAUUGAGACCGACAUCGCCGUCUUGUUUUUCACUGCAAAUGCUGUUGGGGCGGUCACAUACUUCAUUUUGCAAUCGCAGGGCGCUCCACAGAAAGGCUGGGCUUAUAACCUUGGAUGCGAAUGGGUCCUUUGAAGCACGCAAGUUUGAUGUAUUUAUCGGGCAUCCGUAUGAAGCCUAUGCUAUCAUCGAUCCAGAUGUAGGCCUCGCCAUGAAAACAACCAUAGCUAAGCAGACUGGAUUGUUGUUCAAAGACGCAACACCACAUCCGCGCACUGUCAUCGAGGAUGAUCUCGCACGUCAGGACGCAGCCAACGCCAGCCCUGCGACCCUAUGGUUUCGGGGAGCUAUUCACGCCGUCAUCUCCCUCGACGGAACACCGGACCUUGAAUACUGCUGGGCUUGAAAGAGUAGGAUAUGCUAAUUGUAGCCCAUAGAUGAUCUUGAAAACCCGUUCCGGGCCACCUACUAGCGCUUGUGGUUGGAGAGGGCUCUGUGAACAGUGGAUGUACAAAAACGAUCUGUAAGGUGCAGUUGAUACA